GUUGCCUGUUGGGUCUACCACCAUCUUGGACACUCAGCUGAUCACCCUCACUCAGCCGGCAGACAAAUCCCGCGAUGGCUUCCCGAAGAGUCGCCGCCUCCUCUGUGGACUGGCUCACCAUGGCUAGCCGCGUCCCUGAGACACAGAAGCAGAUGUUCAAUGCCUUCAAGGGCAAGUCUGACGGCUACUUGAGGAGGGUGUUGUCCUUGCCUGCUGAGAUGCCCAAGAUCAACUUUACAGCAUACAAGGCCCGCAUUGCUAUUCCUGGAAUGGUGGAAGAGUUUGAGAAGCAGUACAGUGCCAUUCAGAUCCCAUACCCUGCUGACUCUUACUCCAAACAGAUUGACGAGAUUCAGAAGGAAGUGACUGUAGAGACCGAGACUUUCAUCAAGGAGAGUGAAGGACGCAUUGCCAAGCUUCAGGCUGAACUAGCUGAGUGGCAGAAGAUGAUCCCUUAUGAUCAGAUGACCAUGGAGGAGAUGGUUGAGGCCUUCCCAGACAAGUCUGUGAAUGUUGCCAAUCCCACAUUGUGGCCACACACCCCUGAGGAUCAGCCUGGAUAUGUUGCCAAGGAGGGUGCAGAGGAAUAAGUAAGCAUUAGUGUGUUGACAAAAAAUGCGGAUUUCUCAAAACUUUCUGCUUUCAAUACAAGAAUGAGUAUGUAAAUACAUUGUACUUCUGUUUAUAUUAAUUAAUAAAGUGGAUAUGUAUGGAU